AUGCGAGCAUGGUUUGAGCAUCCGCUGCUCGCGCCGCUGCGCGCCAUGGCGCAGCCGGGCAGCGAGCCUGUGUGGACGGGCGAGCUGUACAACAUGAAGCUUGCGCUGCAUCCUGCGCAGUUUUACGCGCAGGGCGCGCUUGUCCUGCUCGCCGUGCUGUACCUCGUCGCUUCCUUGCUUGGGAGAUGGCGGAAUACGCGGCGUGUUGCGCCGUUCGCGGCCGUGCUUAUGCACGCGAUGCAGGGCGAGUUUGCGCAGGUCGGCGCCAGUGCGGACGCGCCGCCGGGCCUGGUGUGGAACGGCGCCUCUGACGCACUCUUGUUCUGCACCGGGCGCCGCGGCGUGGAUACCUUGCACGCCGAUUUCGCCCUUGCGCGCCGCCAGGAUCCUCUGUACAUGGUCGGGUCGCUGCUCUUUGACGUGUUUGCCAUGCCGACAGUGCCGACCGCGCUCGGCGAUCGCCUCACGCUCGUCCUCACACUCCCUGCCGCGGAGAAGCGCGACGGGGGCGUGUUUGCCGUGGUGCACAAAUCCGCACUUCAGCGCGUGCACAGCGCGCGCUACGACAUGCGCUUUGCCAGGGUCGCCGACGGAGAGGGCGUGAGCGCUGCGCGGGGGCUGAACGAGCAGCUCGCGUUCGCGAGCGAGGCGGGCGACCUGACGGACCGCUGGCUCGGCGAGAUUGGCGCGCGUGGCGAUGCGCAGCGCCGCCGCACCGGCCUGGUGGACGCGCUCAACGCAUCCGCGCUGCCCUGGUUCGAGAGCUUGCUGUGGACCGACCAGCCCGCGUCCAGGAGCGACGCGGAAAGCGGCGUGCCGAGUGGGUGCGUCGAGCGCAUCGAGCUUACGCUGCGCCUGCCGACGAGCCGCGCAGAUGCCGAAGCGUGUAUGCCGCUGGUCACUGCCGUGCUGGAUAUGGCCGACGCCCUGCACCUUUCUGCGACGGGCCGCGACCGGUGCAUGCGCCUGCGGCCAGAGACAGUGGCUUCUUUGCGCCGCACGCGCGACGAAGUCGACGCGGCGAUGCGCGAGGCGCUUGGGCGCGAGGAAAAAGACGAGCAGGAGCUGGCGCGCGAUGCCGAGCGGCGGCGCGCGCAGAAAGAAAAGUUUGACAUGCUCUCGCCUGCGGAGCAGGCACGGCGCAAAGAGGUGGAGCGGAAACGCGCGCUGCGCAAGCAGCAGGGCCAGGGAUCCAAGAUGCGCCGCCGCUAG